CUGCUCAAGAAUUUAGUUCAGUCUUAUUCAAUACAUUGAAUCAAUCAAUACUUGAAAUCAGGGCCCAGAUAGUCAAUUGAAGAAUAUCUACCAUGUCCGAAAUAAAAGAAUUUGAAAGUGUUGAAAGUGCUUUGAAACAGCUUCCAAAAGAAGACUAUGAUAAAGUUAGUAAAAUUAUCUUCGGAAAUGAGAUGCAUAAUAUUGAAGUAUCGGAGGAAUCUAAAGAACUCGCUUCGAAGUACAAUAUUGAAUUGGUCACAUGCGGAUUUAACUGCAGAGAAGAGCAGUUGCGGAGUCCUAAGAUAGUAAGAGUUGGGCUCUUUCAACAUAAAUUAGUACCAUUUCCAACAUCAACUCCCAUUCAAGAGAUGAAAUAUGCUCUUUUCAAAUUUGCUAAUAAAGCUGUAAGAAUUGCUGCCAGGGGAGGAGUUAAUAUUUUCUGCUUUCCCGAAACGUGGAAUAUGCCCUAUGCCUUUUGUACCAGAGAAAAGAAUCCUUGGUGUGAAUACGCUGAAAAUGCUCAGUUUGGCCCUACCACAAAAAUGCUGGAAGAGUUAGCUCAAAUACAUAAUAUGGUUAUCAUUUCACCAAUUCUCGAACGUGACGAGGUUCACAACGAUUCAAUAUGGAACACGGCGGUUGUCAUAGAUAACCACGGUGAAUAUCUGGGUAAACAUCGAAAGAAUCACAUCCCUAAAGCAGGAGAUUUCAAUGAAUCGAUUUAUUAUUCUGAGGGAAAUACUGGACAUCCUGUCUUCGAGACCGAAUUUGGUAAAAUAGCCGUGUGCUACGGUCGUCACCAUCCAAUAAAUUGGAUGAUGUUCGGUCUGAAUGGGGCAGAAAUAGUAUUCAACCCAUCUGCAGCGGGUGGUGCCGCCAGUGAACCAUUGUGGUCGAUUGAAGCUAGAAACGCUGCUAUAGCCAAUGGUUAUUACACUUGUGCUGUGAAUAGGGUGGGUACAGAAAUUUUCGAAAAUGACUUCACUUCUGGGGAUGGAAAAUCGCCUCAUAGGGAAAGCGAUUAUUUCUACGGUUCAAGUUAUGUAACUGCUCCCAACGGUUCCAGGUCAUCAGGAUUAUCGAGAACUAAAAAUGGGCUCUUAAUAGCUGAAAUGGAUUUGAAUCUAUGUAGACAAGUUCGAGAUCAAUGGGGAUUUCAGAUGUCACAAAGGUUAGAUAUUUACACUGAGUUGUUACUGAAAGCUACCAAAGCCGACUUCUGCCCUCAAAUUAUAAGAAGAAGGUGCAAAUAAAAAAUGGAGAGAAUAUCAGGGAUCAAUUAUGACCUACGUAUCUACCAAACAUUUUGAUUCUAUGCAAUUUUGUCUUUUCUGAUUGAGUUGUACACUACUGUUUUUGAUUAUGAAAGGUGGAAUAAUUAAAAACAAAAAAAAUCAA